GAGGGAAAAAAAAAGCCCUCUGUGACUGCAGCUUUGACCCAGCCGCGUCACACAUUGCACGUCAUUUGGUACAACAGUUUGGUGCUUUCUGAACACGUGAAGAGAUAAUUUUAUUUGCAAGUAUUUUGUUUGAAUGGCCCUUAGCAUUGGUAUGAGCACUGUCAGACAGCAGUUUAGGCCCUAAGGUUUUGCAGUGCUACGUGCUCCUGCUUGUGCUUUUUACGUUACACCCAGCUUGUGAUAAGGGGUAUUUUAGCUCGCCAAGUCCAAAGGCUUAUAGUUUUUUUCUAAAUGCUCCCUUUUUAUACGCAUUAUUCCAAAUAUUCCCGGAUGUCGUUUUUACAAGCACUAGAAACUGAUUGUUUCUAGUGCUCGGAUAUAUUCAAGUCUUUCAUUUCAGCAUGCUAGAGUUCAAAUUAGCGGCUCUUCGUAACUGAAAGGGCAACGCACGUUACCUUGUCGUCAUGGCGAUAUUCAGAACACACUCAAUCUUCCUUUUGAUUACACUCGCAGCCAACGCCGCAGCCGUGGCCAUGACGGAGUGAACGGUAAAAACUGUGGAUUCGGCUCCAGGGGAGUUUUGUCCCAAACCUCAAACACGCCUGCGAAAGCAUUGACAGUUUUGCCUCAUGUUUCAGAAAAUAUUUCUCGUCAAUAUCGCCUUUCUUGACUCAGUAAACGCACUCAGCGCCUUAGAACCCUCCUCUUACAAUUUUACAUUCAUGUACUUUCAGCCUUAUCCAGAAACAAAAAAAAACCUGUGCCGCGCUGUGCGAAUCCUUCAAGGUCAUCCUAGCUAAUUUUUGCUUCGCAAGUUCAUCACAAGGGGGAAUGUGUGGCAGUGGCGGCGGCACUCUCACUGCUCUACUCCGGCUCCUGCCGGCUCCUCCCAUUGAUCAGACUCUCUCUUUGCACGACUCUGCAUUCAGUCAAAGCUUCAUAAAUCUGCAUUCUGUACAAAAAUGAGCUGAAUUAUGCGUUUGUAUAGAAGAAAGGUGGUUAGGCACAGAACCCUGCAGGAACAGUGGUUGCAUUUUCCUCAUCUGCCCUGUACCUUAAAGCUUCAUAUGCAGACUAUUUGUGAGCAUUAUUCAUAGUUCUAUGUGCACAUGAUUUACAAUCUGAACAAAACGUUAGGGCAAAAACGACCUGGUGAAGGUUUAACAUAAUUUUAGACGGACCCCCGAUACUGGGGAAAGGACGAAGAACAACACAAUACACAGAGACUCUGUGUGCUGUGUUGUCCUUCGUCUUUUCCAAAGUCUCGGGGGUUUGUCUAAAAUUACAAUAUGCAAUCUUUUUCAUUCUUUCAUCGAGGGCUUUAGCAGUGUUUUUCUCGUGCCUUGGGGAAUCGAAAUUAGAUAUAAAUUCCAAAAGCACCUUGAAGUGGUGUCUUCACUUUUACUGAGAACUCUUUAUAAUGUCCUGAUGAUGUUCAUAAUAUACUAGUACUAUAAACGGCAAUGCUUCUUUUAUGUGCAUAAUAUAUAAAUAUCAAACCACUUAAUAAAUACACGCAUGCUGUGCUCAUAAAUUGAUUUUAUACGUUUAAAGUGUCUUGAUGUAGUGCAUAGAGUUUCAUUUCAGUUUUUUCUUCUUCUGAGGAUUCCCAAGAGCAAGCUGUGUAAUCUUGCCUUGCACUUACAGAAAUCGUUUGUAUCCUUUCCUUUUGGCAACACUUCGUUCUUGUUGAGCCAUCCGAGGAAGUUUUUUUAUUAGUGUUUUCAUUCUAUCCAAGGUUCUGUGUGAAUGUGAUUUGUCAUUGUACGUGGGCAGGUCUUUCUUACAAGGCUUAGUCAAUGUGUUGGCUUAGCAUUGUGACAACUAAACAUUCAACUAUUUUAUGUGAUGCAGAUGUGUUUGCUUGUUUGCUUAUUCUUAGUGCAGUAUAUUAUUAAUUUGACAUUGAACCUUAUAUUCAUUGCAUGUAAGAGAUUCCAUCUAAUUCUUGCUGGGCCAUGUCAUAAUUAUGGUGUACUUUAUGCUGAAAGAAUUAAAUAAUGUAAUUCGUUGAAUGGCCCAAUGACAGCUGUUCUUCAUUUGCUUUCAGGCCCUGAGAAAAAAUUGACCUUGUUUUGGAUCAAACAAGUUCUUGUGGAGGUGCUGUGACAAACAGUUUGUCAUAUUGACCCACUGUCACCACCGAUGAGAAACUUCAUGAACUGUGAAACUGGAAGCUGAACUCAGUGUCACCUUAUCAUUUUCAGACUGUUAGAUGGCAUGUGUUUGUUUUCACGUUUUGCAGCUCUGAUUUGAGGUGUGAAGUCUCUUGGAAUGGGUUUAAAGGUAUACAAAACAGAAUAUUGGCCCACUUCAGAUAUAGCAGUAGCAACCGUUAUUGCUGUAUUUGUUCACUUCUGUGAGCCGUGGAGUGCAGCUGGUCUGCAUUUUGAUCAGCGUAUUGCAAAAGUUACCAGCCUCUUUUUUAUUUGCAUUCUCUGAAUGAAACAGCCCACUUCAAAACACUGUUUACUCAUCAUCUCUUUAGAUUCUUUUUUAAAGCAUUCACAAAGUUCCAAGCACAUCUGUUGCACUUUGUCUUGCUCAAGAUUUAUGUCGCUGCUUUGUGUAUUUCUUGAACUGAUUUAUCUAUUUUGAUCAAGUUUUCCUUCAUUGUUUUUGGUAAUCUGGGCCAAAUCACUCCUGUGGAAACUGCAUCGCAAGCAAAAAAAGGUUCAUGCCGUAGUGGUUUGUGCAAAAGAUUAAGGAAAAUUAAUUGCAUUCGGUAUAAUGAGAUAAUAUAAUGCUGUAAGUAAUUAAAAAUUUUAAUUAUAUAUUUUGAAGGUAUUACUGCAAUUGAAAACUUGAUGCAAAUGAUCAGAAACUAUGAAAUCCACCUACAUGGUAGUCAUAUAAAGCACAUGCAGCAUUUUAUGGUGAAAUGCUAAGCAAGCGUCUACUCAAUAUUUGAAGAUAAUCACAAAAAAAUAGAGGGUGGGCACAUGUCAGCUCGUCAUUUCUGCAUACAUAUGUACUGUGCAUAUCUUCUCAAAUGUUUCAUAUUUUGGAGGUGGGCUCUUAGUGUGAAAUGGGCAGAUGGGUAUUCUACGGUAUGUGCGAUGCAUGGUGGCGCACAUAGAAUCGGCUGGAAGGCCUCUGCACUGCCACAUAAGGCUUCCCUUUUUGAUGUCAGUGCCAGACACCUUAUUGAGCAAUGCAUGGCAGCACACGCACAUCACACAUUUUGGCCACAGGGAGCAGGAUUACCAGUGUUGGCCUCAAAAGAGUUUGACAGAUAGAUCAAUAGAGAUUUUUUUUUUUAACUCUUAGUUACAAAUCCCACAGGAGGUAUUCCCACCCACACACGAGUCCGUGUGGCCAGCUAGACGACAAUGGUCGUGCGAAGGUUGUGCAAAGUAUAGACAACGGAGUGGUGAACAGUACAGCGUUCGGCGAUGUGUGAGGUGUUUGACCAACGUCACCUAGAAUGACAAAAUCCUGCGCCCCACAAUUUUGAAGUCGUCGCACUGAGAUUGAGCAAAGACACAAAUUGGACACAAAUGCCGCAUCAAUGUUUGGUCAUGCCUCGUUUCCAAUAUGCCACUUUUGAAAUAAUGAAAAGAUUAUCUGUGGUCGCCAUUAGUUGGUUAUGUGAGCAUGCAUUGGACACGAGCGCCUCCUCAGUAUUUGGAGUGUACUCGGUUCGAAACGCAUUCCACAGAAGUGCUGCAUCACUGUUCGGUGCGAACUAGGAACCAAUCGUGGACUUUACGCCGGAAGUGAUGAAACCGACUAAUGGCGGCUGCGCAUAAUCUAUGCAUUGUUUCACAAUUUCGGAAAGGCUAUGAACACGCCGAAGGACGCUCUGCAUUGGGCUUGGGUCUGAUUACCGAGUCUAUGCCAUCCAGCUGCGACGACGUUCCAUGAAGGAAGAGGAGGAUGUUCGCAGGCCUUGAUUAUUCUAGGUCGUCAAAUCAGAUUUGGGACUUUUUUGUGCCAAGCCAACGAAAGGCAUCUGGCACACCCCAAUGGACGACCGAGUAUUAAUUUUGUUUGCCCGGGAAUCUUUUGUCAUGCAACCGGAACCUCGGUCGCAUGGCAACUGAAGUUUCACAGUAAGGUUAUGUGCCUGCAAUAAGGUUUCGCGCCUGUAAUAAGCCUCCAUCGGAUUGCGGGCACCUUGGUCGGGAUCCAAACCCGCUGCCCGAGAUCGGUGGGCUGCAGCGCUUUGCGUUGCAGCCACCGAGGCAGUUCAUUUUAGGUGGUGUUGGUUCGAAUGAGCGUUACACGAGUGCUUGGCCGCUGCUCUGCAGGGAGUCAUUGACAGUCUAGUCCCCCUCACAUGUCUCACAGCAGCGCCGGAGAACAUCACCUUGGGCCACGGCACACCCGAGCGCAUCCGCCACGGCAGCCCGUUCCCUCCCGCCAAUCCAGCGGGGGGCACGCACCGUGGCGCCGCCAGGCACCAGUGCCGCUUCUGCGCUUACUCCAGCCAAAUCAAGCACAACGUGACCAUGCACGAGAGGACGCACACGGGGGAGCGGCCUUUUGUGUGUGAGGUCUGCCAUAAGGCGUUUACGCAGAGGAUCGACCUGAUUUACCACCUGAGGACCCACACGGGGGAGAAGCCGCACAAGUGCAGCACGUGCGGGAAGGAGUUCCGGAAGGCGGGACACCUCAAGGGACACCUGAGGGUGCACACUGGCGAGAGGCCUUACAAGUGCCUCACCUGCGGGCUCGCAUUCAGCUGCUCCUCCAACUUCACCAAGCACUGCCAGAAGCAUCUGGGCAAUGUGUCUUAGCGGUGCGGGGGUCCACGUCCGCAGACGCACCUGGCGGCGAAAUUCGGUGACAAUUUUGAGUGGGGGUUGAUGUGUGCCCGCAGACCGUACAGUGGCGUCUUCUUUUACCUGGCCUAUCUCUAUCGAAGGUCAGAUUUGUUUUACAAGUGUUUUAGGCUCAAUCAUACAUUUUCCCUCGAAUGUAGUUGAGUGUGUAGUGACAGCUUAUUGUCACUUAUUGUCACUUAUGCGGAGACACCAUCUAUCAUUGGGUAACCCUGGAACACAUCCGACCUGCAUACCGAAUUCUCCGGACUUUAACAGUGUACAUGUUCGAAAGCUGAAAUUUUGCACGGCACAGACCGUCUACAGGUGUGGACUACGUGGAACUGUUUUCUAGAUCUCGUCCAUUGCAACAAGAUGUGACACAUUUUGUGAACGACAGAGUAUGUUAACAAUUUAUGUAUGAUACGAGCUUCUGUACGAGCUAACAAAGCGGGAAUUUGUCAAGUUGUGCUCUGUACGAAGCUUUUUUAUGUGGAGACUAGUCACCAGGUGUAGUCUAGGCGGCAUCAGGUGCGGACUACAUACCAGGUGUGGACUAUGGUCCGGAAGAUAUGGUACAUUUUACGCAUCAUACUUUCGCCAUAACCAGUAACACCACGUAAAGAAUGUUUCAAGACUCGUCGGCGCCAACUUGCCCUCGCGUCUAUUGAAACUUACAAAACAAUACUAUUGCAUCUCUUUUUUCUCACAAGAAGGUCAUUCGCCAAAUUUCUUUGGUUUUCUUAUGGUCUGUCCUGACCUGGUCUUUGAGAUGCUUUUUUGUUGUGGAGGAGCACUCAAUUUUGAAGUGCUUGCUUCAGAAUGUGUUCGGUUGCUGGUAGACACCUGUGAUGUUGGAACCAGGUGAUGUGCAUUUUGGCGAAGAUAUCCUCCUUGUCCUUAUAGUCUAAGAUCAAGGUCCCGGUCUCUUUGCCGUGAUUGUUCCAGUUGCUCUGCUUUCCCUCACCCAUACCUCGCUGCCAAUAUCCAGGUUCUGUUUUCGGCACACUCCAUGUCUCUUGUUAAUUUUAUGCUUGCUUAUUUUUCUCUUCUCGGUCUUUCUUCCAGAACUCCUCGUGGUUGGGCAGUCUUGGCAACAGUGUAGAAGUCAAUACUGGCAGUGUGGAUCGCAACUGUCUUUCCAUCAGAAGCUAUGCUGGGCUGCAUCCCAAAGGUUCUGGUGGUCUGUAGUUUAGUAGGUCAAGCUCAGGGUCUUCAGACCUCUUGAGGAGUAAUUGACGAUCUUAAUCAUUCUCUCUGCUUCCCCAUUACUCUGUGGGUACGGAGGGCCGCUUGUAAUGGUGCUCAAUCUUGUAAUCCUUUGAGAAGUCUUCAGAUAGCUUGGAACGGAAUAGUGGAUCAUUGUCUGAUUGCAGAACCUCGGGUAUUCCGUGACGAGAAAGUAUUGCUUUGAGAUGUGAUAUGACUGCUCCCGAAGUGGUUUGUCUCAGUCUGCUCACUUCUACAUACCUACAUACCUUGGCCAUUCCUCUGUGCGCUCAACCCGUCAUCGUUGCUUGGGCCUUUACGUUCUCCGAGUUGGUAGGGUUUCCAUUUCCGAAGCACCUCUGACACCAUGUGGUUCUAACAUGAUUGUAACGAGUAACACCACGUGGAGAAUGUUUCAAGACCCAUCGGUGCCAUCUUGCUCUUGCGUCUGCACGCACCGCCUGGCCAUGUUUAUGGAAACUUACAAAGCAAUAAUAUUACAAACACGACAAAACCUUUGGUCUAGUUAUGCACAGAUCAGAAGCAUUCCAGGGCUGCCCAAUAGGUGGCACCAGUGUAUUGUCUCAUCAUAAGUCGUUACAAAUUAUAGCAACACAGUCGAUCACAGAUGUGUGCCCGCAGACAGCUUGGUAAUGUGUCUCCUUACCUGUUCUUUCUGUCACAAGUCAGGUUUGUUUUAUGAACGUUCAGGCAGCAGGUUGUAGUUAGUCUGCCUCGAAAUGACAUCUCACGUCUGUGCCGUAGAUAAAUAAUUUGGCUAUCGCAGUGCCACUGUUAACCUGGGGUCUUUAACGUGCAGUUGUGAUUACACGACAAGCUGGUGAGAUGCUCUCUUAUGAGCAGUAGUGAUGCCAGGCUGGGUAUAUUUGUUUUUUGCACUUUAACCGUGAAAAUUGCUAAAUAGUGACUCUGAAUUUCCUUUUGAUUAUGAAAGGUUAAUGUUUCAUUAAAACAUUCCCUGUGGCCCUUUUCUAUUCCACGUUUCUGCUUUUUGUUUUUUAUCUUUCUUCCCUGGUUAUGUUCCCCAUGGGCCCUCCAAUGUAACACAGCCUAGUGCUUGUUUGCUUACUCAUGUUUUUGCUUCAUUACCGUUCUGGCCUACUUUUUACACCCCAGUAAUAAUAUCAAAAAGGCAAUCCAUCACUCCUUAAAAAAAAAGAACCCUAAGUUUUUGUUUUUAUCUCUUCAUAUUUUAGAUUAUCAAGCUGGCACUUUUUAGACUUUACUUGCACUUGUACAACCAACUGUGGUGUAUGUCAUGUCCAACAUUGGGUUACUCUUAGAAGGUGCCAAUUGUAGUACCCUUUAUUAGCUGAGUGUCUUUCAAUGGCCAGCAUGACUCGAUUCAGAUCUAAAAUUCUGGGGACUCCUUCCAUGAUGAUACCUUAACACCGCAUCAAUGAUUGCACGUUUUGAUUUAUUAACUGUCUCUCAACAUUAAGGACCAUGGGAUCCUUGAUCAAGAUUGAUGCGGGAAUCGCUGCACCUCCAUUGCUAUUUGCAUAUUUUAGAAAGUGUUCUGUAGUUUGUUUUUAGCCUCUGGCCCCAUUUCAGUUGCUCGUUCAUUGGAAAUACUACCUGCUUCAAGUUUAUGAAUCUAACAUUCUGAUUCUGUUGAAACUGGGCAGAAACAAGAUGUAAAACUUCUGCAACUAAACGAGGCAAAAUUAUAUAUUUUGCACGCCUAACUUUUAAAGAGACGGUGCAUUUCAAAGUUGACACAGUAUCCCGGCAGGGGGCGAGGAGAAAAUGGCUUCAUUGCAACCUGGUGAAAUAGUUAAAGUGUUUGGUCCUAAACCUUGGCUUUGAGGAGGGUAUAUGUGAAAGGGCAUGUUUGUACCAUGUGCUUGUAUGGAAGCAGGGCACCACGGCAAAUUGUAUCUGCAUGUUUGUUUAUUUACUUAGAUACAGCUAUCACCCUAGUUUGACUUAGUUUGUUAUAUCUAGGUUUACUUGUGAGUUUUCAUAUCAGUCUCUAAGAGAUUAGACUGAUGUCACCUUUGGUAGAGUUGCUCCUUUGGCGUUUGACCCUAUGGAAAGUGUUGUAUUCACUUCUAGUAUGUUGUGAUGCUGGAUAAAGACAGACAAUUUUUGUACUACCUUCUUUGAUUAGAUACUGCUCUGUAAGGCACUAAGAAAUGAAUGUUCCAGUAAUUCUAAAGGACAAGAAUUGCAACAUGUGCUGUGGGUCCUUUUUGCUUCUUGGCUAUACUAGCUGCACUCUGCAGUUGUGGUGGCCAUGGCCUGUUUUGGCACAGUCGGAAUCUAGAUAUUGUGCAUGCAUUUCACUUGGUGAAAUCGGUGUGUUACAGGGUUGUCAAGUUGCAAGGCAAGUGCAAUAACAACAACAUGACGAAGCAGCAGGAAUUAAUGCUUUUUCAGCGGGUGUCAGCGUGCGCUUUCAGCUUGUAUAAUGUUUGAAAUUGUUUCCCAGAGCACCCAGUGAUGCCUGGCAACCAUUAAAAUAGAUCAGAACAGAAUUGCAAGUUAUGACUGUGAAAGUUUCGGUGUCUACUGCAAGCGUUUUCAACUUGGUGAAAGAUCCAAUCUGCCAUAAUUUGUUUACUCAUUAAUUGUGCUUGCAUGCCGUCACUCACUGCAAUAAAGCACCGUCGUCAACCGUUUUUCACGCUACAUAUGUCGACAUGCUUUAGUACCAGGUUUUCUAGUUAGUCUGGUGUGUGCCUAAUGUAUGAUGCUUUCCGAAAUCCUAUUGUAUUUGGCAACUCAUAUCUUUUAGUGUUUGUCACCUCACCAUUUAUGCACCAUUAUGAGGGCCUUGCUAUUUAGAAGUGAAUAUAAAUAAAAAAUCAGUUAACCAGUGGAAAAGCUUUGAUUGCCAGUUUUUGCAACUCUUUUCUGCAUACCAUUCUGUCCCAGCAGCACUCGUGGCGGUCAUGUUGAAAUAUUCUUGUCAUAACUUGAGAAGCUUUGCAAGGCAUAUAGUAUCAACUAUUUGCUUUAGGCAUUUAGCUUCACAGGACACAUUCUUCCAAAACUGGUCCUCCCUCACACACGUCCUAGAGAGUUCUAGUGUUAACCCCUGAAAAUGUACUCGAAGCUUCCAGCUUCCUUGGGGGAAUCUCAUGAUUGUUUCAUGGUUUGUGGCCAUUGCACCCAGGAAGAGUUGUUUAACUGGUGCUUAUUUCUUACCAGCCUUAAUUUGCUCCUGUUACAUCAUUGUUUUUGCACUGUCACACUAUUGCUACUCAUGUAAAACACUACUAUUUCUCUGGUGCUUCUAUUAGGAACUCCAGCUUGGUGGCACUAAAUUCCUAAUCAUCAUCUAUUGGAAGCUUCAGAUACACAGUCUCUUCACUACAAAGCAAUGGAAUCCUUUUCUCAUGUCUUCCGCAACAGGGCUCAAAGGAACUUUUCUUAAUCCUGGCUUUGAAAGCUUCUUUGUCGAGCACUACGGAAACCUGUUGUCAUCCUAAAACUUACCAGCUUGACACAAAGAGAGGAGGAUUCGAGAAAAUGAGAAACAUCAGCGCCGCUUCUCCUCUUUUUUUAGCCAUUGCUGGCACACUGUGAUCAAUCACAAAAGGACAUGUGCAUGGCAAAUACCCUUCAGCUGUAACGUAUGCUAGAAAGCGUUCACAAUUUCACACAUAAUAGUCGACCUGGCAGACAUAACAGUCGACCUGGCCUGAUGACUCGGAGUGGUGAAUGUCCUUACAUUUGCACCACCUUCAAAAGUGCUUUCAGAAAGGGCUCAAAUUACGUUGGGUCACAAGAAGGUGCACACCGUUGAAAGGCCCUACAGGUGUAACCUUUGAGAGCAGAAGUUUGCCUGCUCUUCCAGCCCGAGAAAGAACCUAAGAUGUACACAAGUUAUGCACCUAAUGGCGAGACUACUGCAGAAUCUGCAGUCUGGCAUUUGGAGGCUGUUGCAGCCGAUUACAGGAACUGUCACAAGUUUCCACCAACCGAAAUGCACAAUCACCUAUAUUUUUUGCCUUUCCCUCACUUUGUACUAAAGGGUGACAUCUGAAAGUACCAGUGUGUUGGAUGCACUUCUGCAGUGCUAUGUACUUGGAUGGUAGGACGUGGUGUUUGACUCGCUUGUGAGCACAUUCCAGCCAAUUGCCGAUGUCUUGUUUAAUGUGUUGUGCAAUAUUCUGCCGAUCAGGAUGUGUUGUAUAUUCUUUUCCACAAUCUGCCAUUUUGUCUGCCAGAUUGUUUACAUUUUGCUGCGACAUAAAAAGUAGCAAUAUUUUAAAAAUUGAUGAUUUUUUUUUUUAAUAGCCUCCAACAGUUUUGUUGCUAUUAUUCUUUCUUUUUAUUGGCCGCUUGCCUGCUUUCUUUUAACUCUUUUUUGGAAAAACAGCACUUAUAAUGGCUCAUUUGAUUUUAAGGUAGGAAUGCAUGUUGACAUCUCUGAUAUCGAGAUAAGCUAUUUCCCUUAAAUUUAUUGUGCGUAGCAUAUUCUGGGGUGGUGUACAAUCAAAACUUGUACUUUCCAGCUGAUGAACUGUUGGAAUGCAGAAUAGCUAGGUGAAUAGCUGUACUAACUGGCAUCAAUCAAAGCUUGUUUCUUUAUUCUUAAGAUGUGUCUCUUAACAAUAAAGACAUUAGAUUUUUUGUUUGGUCGCAAUGAAUGUAGUGUUGAAGCAUUUCCACUAUGGUAUUUGAAAGGAGUGUUUUCUUAAAGUCAGCAGAGUUUGCUUCAUUUUCUCUUCAUUGCAGUGCCAAAGGUGGCACGAGAAGUCCUCUGUAAGAGAAAUUUCUUUACGUAAGGUGAAAAGAUUUUGUUAUGGAGUAAAAGUUUUGAAUUUCGAUGUCGCUGCAGGGUUAGAGUCAUUAUACAGGAAUCUUUUUUAGUGCUGUACCCUUGAAAAAAAAUUGUUGUAUGCUUUCCAGCAGAGUUGGAGACAGUGCUGCUGACCACCGGAGAGGAUGGCUUCUGUUACAUGUGCUGUGGCAGCCUGUUCUACUCCCAAGCAGACCUGGAUCAUCAUCAGUUUGAAAUGCAUGCGUUGAAGGAAGAGCCUGAACAGGCAAUCUCUGAAUCCAAGGACGAAAGUAGCAGCGGGCAGUCCACUUCCAAAGACGUGUCGAAGAAAAAGCCUCAACGGAAAAGCAAGCACAAGUGCAGUUUCUGUCCCUACACAAGCCCCCACAAAAGCCACGUGGUCGUACACGAGAGGACACACACGGGGGACAAGCCGUUCCGCUGCCUCUUCUGCCAGAAGACAUUUACACAACGCGUCCAGCUGAAGUACCACGAGACGGUGCAUACGGGCGAAAGGCCAUUCAGGUGUCCGACGUGCCAGGCAAGCUUCAACCAGAGGGCACACCUGGAAGCCCACGAAAGAACUCACACUGGAGAGAGGCCCUUUGUGUGUGACACUUGCGGCAAAGCAUUCCCAAAGAAGGCCCACCUGAAAGAUCACGAGAGGCUGCACACUGGGGAGAAGCCCUACAAGUGCAGUGUCUGCGAGAUGGAAUUUAGUUCCUGUUCAUCUCUGGCGAGACACAAAAAGAGGCACACCAGUGAGAUGUUUCAGCCUGGAUAAAACAGUACGUUCACGCUGUCCUUCGCAAAAUCUGUCCUUGUCACAACUCGCAACCUUUGUUUAUUAGUUCCUUUGCAGCUUUCAUUUCUUGUAAUGCCUCCACAAGGUGUGGUCAGUGGGUCUAGCUGUCAUGCCAUUUAUUUCUUGUUCCCGUGUGCACGCCUAGUAGUGAUAGGACAGUGCAAAUUACUCUCUUCUGAAAAGAGGCACUCAGGCUUGCCUUUUUUUUACUUCUCAAUCUUGUGUCAUCAGAAUGGAACUAUAAAAGCUUAAGUGAUCCAUGGGUCAAUAAAACUAUGAAUGCUCAAACA